ACAAUUGACGGCAUGGUUAUCAAGUGCACCCUUAUGUGUACAUUCGGAGCAUGAUACAAGGACCAAAAUGAAACUCCUGUGUAUAGCCACCUUGCUUCUGGUAUCUCAAGUCACAACACAGAACACACGAUAUGAUGGUCACGAAGUGUUAAAGAUCUUUCCAAAAACAACGAAUGAAGCAAGUUAUGUUCUCAAUAUGGUACAGAAAUACGGGUUAGAUGUAUGGCAUGUCCACCAUAACGACAGCUCUCUAGAUGUCAAAAUUUGGCCAACAAUAUCAAGUACAGUGAAACAAGAUCUAACCAACACACGUAUACCUUUUUUUACAUGGAUAAAAGAUAUACAAUCGUUGAUAGAUCAACAAUUCGCUCCCAUUACUAGUCACAUUAAUAAGAGAGCAACUCAGCAAUUUAUGUUUACAGUUUACCAUUCGUUCGCUCAAAUUGAAGCAUACAUAGCAAGCUUGAGCCAGGAUACAGGGACUGGACCAUCAGGGGAUUCAAUUUAUUCCAGUAAUGCUGUGAUUGGUUAUACUGAAGAAAAUAGACAAAUUCAUCUUGUAAAGAUAUCUAAACCCAGUAGCCAACCUAAAAAGGCUAUCUUUGUUGAUGGUGGCAUACACGCUCGAGAAUGGAUAUCACCUGCAUUUGUUCUUUAUCUCAUAGAUCAGUUGAAGUAUAACCCGGAUCAGUUACAGAGUGUAGAAGACCUUGUAGAUACCUACGACUGGUAUAUUGUACCUGUACUUAACCCUGAUGGAUACAGUUAUUCAUUCGCAUCAGACAGAUUGUGGAGAAAGAAUAGACGUACGAAUUCUGGUUCAACCUGUCAUGGUGUUGACCUCAAUAGAAACUUCGGUUACCAGUGGAAUCCGGCAAUUGGUGGAUCCACAAGCGCUUGUAGUGAUGUCUUUUCCGGUGUUAGUGCAUUCAGUGAAGCAGAGAGCAAGGCUAUUAGAGAUUACUUUGCCUCCGCCUCUAAUGUAGAUUUUAUUUCCUACCUCACUGUACAUUCAUACGGUCAGAUGUGGUUAUAUCCAUGGGGUUAUACAUCUGCUUUACCAAACGAUUAUGUAGACUUGGACGCUGCUGGAAAUACAGCCAGACUUGCAAUUAAAAACAGAUUCAACACAAGAUAUACUGUUGGGUCCUCCACCAAUGUUCUAUAUUCAGCAGCCGGUGGAUCAGAUGAUUAUGCUAAGGGCGGAGCUGGUAUCAAAUAUUCCUACACCUUGGAGCUAAGGGAUACAGGAAGAUAUGGGUUUGUCCUACCAGAAAGCAGUAUCAUCCCUACAUGCCAGGAGACUAUGGAUGGUGUUAUAGCCUUCGCUAAUGACUUAAAGGUCUUACCUCAGACAAAGCACUGAUGACUUGUUUACAGUUGGCUAAAUAAAGUCGUCAACAUA